AUGGAGUGCUACGUGCGCGCACUUGCAAUUCCUCAGGCGAAUGCACACGUCCAAUUUCGAGCUGCCUUCCUAGCUAUCCAAUCGACUGUGGAGGCCAUACUCGUGGCCUUAGGCCGCCCACCCCGUCUCAUUCUCCAAAUCCAGGCGGCCCGCAAGCAGGCUGAACGGGAGUACCAGUCAAUGAACCGGUCUACGCGAUGGCCGUUGGGGCUUCUCGACGACGCGCGGCAGCGACUGAAAGAGGAGCGAGAAGAGCGGGCUCGUCAGAGCGAGGCCGCUAGCGAUGAUUUAUCGCGCGAGCUUCGGUCCUCGCAGCAAACUGUUGCUGCCGAGCUCGCAGGUUGGCAGGACAUGCACGAACGAAUUGGGCGACGAGCAAUCCGGGACCUGGCACGAGGCAUGCUCGUGCAAGAACAAGACCGUCUCGAGGCAAUGAAGCGUGCCCUACGAUGUGUCCAGCAACCGGUGGAGGUGCCUUCGGCGACUGCGUCUCGGGGUUGCUAG